GGUCCGUGAGGCGCGGGCGGCGACGACCGCGGCGCCAGUGAGGGGCCCCGGGCGGCUCCGGGCCGGGGCCCCGCCGCGGGACGGAUCAUGCUACGUUCCACUGGCUUCUUCCGGGCUAUCGACUGCCCCUACUGGGCGGGGGCGCCCGGGGGGCCCUGCCGGCGGCCCUACUGCCACUUCCGGCACCGCGGGGCCCGGGGGCCUGGCGCGCCCGGCGGUGGCGGAGCGGCGUCCGCCGCAGCAGGGCUUGGCUAUGAUCCAUACAACCCCGAACUGCCCAAGCCUCCAGCACAGAGGGAGAAUGGCGCCCUGGGCCGGGGGGAUGAGCCCCGCUCGGACAUCCUGGAGCUGGAGCUGGUCAACCAGGCCAUCGAGGCUGUACGCAGUGAAGUGGAGCUGGAGCAACGGCGGUAUCAGGAACUACUGGAGACAGCCCGCGAGUACAGCUCCGCCGAGUACAGUUCCACCGGGGCUGCUGCCCUGGCCCCCUGCGGUCCUGCUACCAGCCCCACCUCAGCCCUGGACAAGGAUGCCUUCCCGCUGCCCUUUAGCUAUACCUCUAGCAGCCAUGGCCUGCUGACCCCUGAUGCCAGCUACCAGCCCACCCCGCUGGCCACCCCUGCUGAACCUGGCAGCAAGUAUUCCCUGGCAUCUCUGGAGAGGGGUCAAGGCAAGGUGGGAGGGGGCAGCAGCGCCCUAGAGUAUGUUCCCAAGGCUGUAAGCCAGUCCCGGAGGUACGGCCGUCCUGUGCCCAGCAGCAAGUACGUAGUGGACAACUCCAAGCCGUCCACUGACCUAGAGUAUGAUCCACUCUCCAAUUACUCAGCCCGGCAUCUCAGCAGGGCCAGCUCCAGGGAUGAGAGGGCCACCAAGCGGCCCCGGGGCUGCCGUGGUAGCGAGCCCUAUACACCUGCUCUCAAGAAGCCCUGUGACCCUUUUGGUGGCUGCGAUGCCAGGUUCUCAGAUUCUGAGGAUGACACCACCCCAGCUGCAGCAGAAGAGCCAGCCACAGCCAGCUCCCCUGUGGCCGAGGCCAGUCCUUCCAAGGCUGGGACAAGCCCCAAGAGCAAGAUCCCUGGGAAGCCAUCCCCGAAGGAGGGCCUGGAGCCCGAGGAGGGCAGUCUGCGGGAGACCAAGGAGAUGGCUGUUCAGUGCGACGUGGGAGACCUCGGGCAGCCCCCAAAGGGCCCAGAUGGGGUGUCCCCAGCCAAAUCUGGCUCCCUAGCCAGGGCCUUGCAGGGUCAGGGUGGCCCGAAGGAAGGCAUACCCAAGAAGAAAAGUGGGACCCCACUAUCCCUUGGCCACAAGGACAGUGCCCGGAAGAAAGACAAGACCAAGGACAAAGACCGAGGGCGGUCUGAGAAACCAGGUGCAGAAAAGAAGAGCCUACAGACUGGCAGCCCCCGGCAUAAGGCCGAGCGGCCAGAAGGGACCAAGAAAAAGCCAUCUUCAGCCACCCCAGUGGCCAGCUCAGGGAAAGGGAGGCCCACCAGUGGGGGCCCCCGGCCCCAGGACUCUCGUCCCAGUCCCCACCAACUGCCAGACAGGAAGGGUGGCGGGAAGAUGCCAUCGGGGAAGCUGGUAGAGCGCAAGGCCCGCUCGCUGGACGAGGGUGCCUCUCAGGAUGCCCCCAAGCUGAAGAAGCGGGCCUUAAGCCACGCCGAGCUCUUUGGGGAUGAGAGCGAGGAGGAGGGCCCUGGGCCCAGGGCCCUGCAGGUCCGUCCCCCUGCCCUCCCCAGCCUCAGCUCAGACUCAGACUCGGACUCGGACUCCAGCCUGGGCCUUACCGCCCCGCAGCUGCCCAAACGUCUCAAGGCCUCCCCGCCCCCCUCCCCUGCAUCUUCCUCCUCCUCUUCCUCCUCCUCCUCCUCAGGGGCUGGGGAGGAUGCAGAGGAGGAUGUGGACUACUCGGCCCUGGAGAAGGAGGUCGACUUUGACUCCGACCCCAUGGAGGAGUGCCUGCGGAUUUUCAACGAGUCCACCAGUGUGAAGACGGAGGACAAGGGCCGGUUGGCCCGGCAGCCCCCCAAGGACGAGAAGAGUGAGGAGAAGGGGCAUGCCGGCCUGACCACUCUGUUCCCAGGGCAGAAGAGGAGAAUCUCGCAUCUUUCCAAGCAAGGCAAGGAGGCGGAGCCCCCGAGGAGGGGCCCAGCGGUGCCCCCAGCCCGGCUCCCGACUGCCCAGGAGGUGUGCUACAGGCGGGCCCAGCAGAUGCAGAGGGAGUCAGCCAGCUGGCUGCAGGCCGCCCCCCGGCCAGCUGAAAAGCCCUCCUCCGUCCACAUCGCUGCACCUGGCGAGAAACGGAGGAUCGCCCACACCCCCAACCCCCGCUUGGCCACGGCCCCCACAGGUGCCAAGAGGACCCUCUCGGCCAGCAGCAGCCAGGCCUCCCAUGGCCCUGAGCCUGGCAGCCAGCCGCUGAAGACGCGCACGCUGUCAGGGAUGGCGUCCAAGACCACCACCACCAUCACCCCCAAGCGCGUCGCCCACAGUCCAUCUCUACAGAGUCUAAAGAAACCCAUUAUCCCAAAAGAGUUUGGGGGCAAGGUCCCCACCGUCAUCCGCCAACGCUAUCUCAACCUGUUUAUUGAGGAGUGUCUCAAGUUCUGCUCAUCCAACCAGGAGGCCAUAGAGAAGGCGCUGAAUGAGGAGAAGGUGGCCUAUGACCGCAGCCCCAGCAAGAAUAUCUACUUGAAUGUCGCUGUGAACACACUCAAGAAGCUCAGGGGCCUGGUCCCCAGCACUGUGCCUGGUCUCAGCAAAGCCAGUGGCCGGAGGGUCGUGUCCCAUGAGGUGGUGCUGGGGGGGAAGUUGGCCGCCAAGACCAGCUUCUCACUCAGCCGCCCCAGCAGUCCCCGGGUGGAGGACCUGAAAGGGGCCGCCCUAUACAGCCGCCUCAGGGACUACCUGCUCACCCCCGAGCAGCUGCAGGAGAACGGCUACCCCUUCCCCCACCCCGAGCGGCCUGGCGGUGCGGUCAUCCUCUCAGCGGAGGAGAAGAAGCCCAAGGACCCCUCCUGCAGAGUCUGCUGCCGCUGUGGCACCGAGUACCUGGUGUCCUCCUCUGGCCGCUGCGUCCGCGAGGAGGAGUGCCACUACCACUGGGGGCGGCUCCGGCGGAGCAGAGUGGCUGGGGGCUGGGAGACGCAGUACAUGUGCUGCUCGGCAGCCGUUGGCUCCGUUGGCUGUCAGGUCGCAAAGCAACACGUACAGGACGGCCGGAAGGAAAACCUGGAAGGCUUUGUGAGGACCUUCGAGAAGGAGCUUUCAGAAGACACUCACGCAGGAAUCUACGCCCUGGACUGUGAGAUGUCUUACACCACAUAUGGCCUGGAGCUGACACGCGUCACAGUGGUGGACACAGAGAUGCGUGUGGUGUAUGACACCUUCGUCAAGCCCGACAAUGAAAUCGUCGACUACAACACCAGGUUUUCCGGGGUGACCCAGGACCACCUGGCCUCCUGCCGCACCAGGCUGCCCCACGUGCAGACUGCCCUGCUGAGCCUGUUCAGCGCCGACACCAUCCUCAUUGGACAUAGCCUGGAGAGUGACCUGCUGGCCUUGAAGGUCAUCCACAGCACCGUGGUGGACACAUCUGUACUGUUCCCUCACCGCCUGGGCCUCCCCUAUAAGCGCUCCCUGCGGAACCUCAUGGCCGACUACCUCAGACAGAUCAUCCAGGACAAUGUGGACGGGCACAGCUCCAGCGAGGACGCCAGCGCCUGCAUGCACCUAGUGAUCUGGAAGAUCCGAGAAGACGCUAAGACCAAGCGAUGACUCCCGCCCGCCCACCCGCCGCCCACCCACCUCUCCUGCAGCCCCGGCCCGUCCUUAGCCCCAGGCCUCUUCCAAAACAGUGCAAUAAAUCUCGAGAGCUAAUGCUGUGCGCCUCGCCAAGACACGGAACCCAGAAGCGGGACGAGCCAGCGCCAUGAGAGAGCAGAGCGCAAAGACAAACCUGCAGCCCAGCCCCUGCCGUGGCCCCUCAUGYCUGUCCCCACGUCCUUGCCCCCCUCCUAGGCCUGUCCUGUCUGAAGACUGCUGCUGACCAGGACAGACCCAGCCCCUGCCAGGUUCCAGUUGUAUGUCCAGGGCAGUGGGACCUGGCCUGUCCCUGCUCUUCGUAUGCGGUGACGUGGUCAGGGCAGGGCGGGCUGUUGUGGGCUUGUUUGAGACAGGGGUUCUUUUUUUUUUUUUUAUUUUGUAUUGUUAUUUUUAUUAUUAUUAAUUUAAACCUGUUGACUUGCACAGUUACCUCCCCCACCGGAGGAACAAGGCCCUGGUGCGGCUUCCCUCCUGGGGGACAGGGGCAGGCUAGCCAGACCCGAGCCAGUGGCCCGGGUGCCUUUCACAAAGAUCCAGCCCAGGUGGGCCUGGAUGUCCCGCUCUGGGCUCCAGAGAGCUCCUUGUGCUUGGGUGGCUGGCUUCCAGAACCGCCUCCCCUGCCCAUGUAGACUUCCGUGACCUCUGAGAGCCAAACCAGCCCCCAGGGCCCGCCAGCCUCUGGACACUGUCUUCCCACCAGAGCCCCGCCCUCCUCCCCAUGGGGUUCUCUGUACCCCACUCUCUCCCACCCUGGGCAGGGACAAUAAAUGUUUGUAUGGAUUUUAGACUCCAUGGUCUGGUGGUGCUCCUGGUGCCCAGCAGGACCUCCGCACACACCCUGUGGGGCCACCAUCCCCGGGGCCAGGUGAGGAGAGCAAGUGGGCCUUGUCUCACCUUCAUCAGAUGGCCUCUCUAGGCCCAAGCCAUCCCUGCUUGAGGACCCUGUCCUGGAGCAGCCCUGGAGCUUGCCUGGGUGUCUUAGAGCAGCCGGCCCCACUUCCCGUCCCCUGCCUGAGGGACGCUGGGUGAGGGUAGAUUCAGCCCCACCUUGCCUGCUCUGGGGGGUGCGCUGCACACACGGGCCCCUGGAUUGACGGAGUGACGCCUGCUCCUAUCUGCGGAAGGCCUGGCCCACCGCGUGCCUCUCCAUCCCCUGGCCAGGAAAUGCCAGCUGCACCAACUGUGGCUGAGUGGCCCCAUCUGUGACUUGUGCUGGCUGGCUGGGGUAAGAGGAGGCCCAAGGCCAUUAGGCCCUCAAUUGUAUGUGUCUAACAAGUCAAGCUGGAGAACUUCUUGGACCAGGAGACAGGGGGCCUUCAGCUUCAGGGCAGGGUGGAGGUAGCCUGCCAUCCUGGUCACUUAGGCUGUUGAAGGCCAGGAGAGUAGGGCCGAGGGCUAAGGACAUGGAGGCCACUCCCCCAGCACUUUCUGUCCCCAGCCCUGGGGUCCAUGCUGGGGUACCUAGCCCUGUGGGUGUCCUUAGUUAAGUCAGGCCAUCUUCACCCUUGGGGCCUGUUCUUUUGACCAAGUUGACUGUCCCCCACCUUCUGUAAAC